AGACGCAAUAAAUCACUUAGUUGUAGAUUCAAUCCACAGUCAUCAAGAUGGGCUCCUGUGAGGUCCACUACGAUGCAGCGACUCGCACCUGGCUGGGGCCGCGAGGCAAGGAGUUCUAUGGCCCCGAAAUGACCCUCGGUGAGGUGACGAUGCGUGUGCUCAAUCUGAAUGCGGAUAAGAUCCUACAGCACUGUGAUAUAACGAACGUGCAGCUAACGGGCAGACAGCUAGCACAACAGGGCCUGACCAUCGAGAGGGCCUUCCGACAGAUGGGCCUGCAAGUUGGAGACGUCAUUGGCAUUGCAGCCAAUAAUACGACUUAUCUAACGGGCGUCACCAUAGCCGCUAUGCUGUGUGGUACGCCCAUUAACCCACUGCAUCCAGAUUUUGAUCAAGAAACCGUCAAGUACAUGUUUGACAUCACAGAGCCGAAGCUAAUCUUUUGCGAUGUGGAGAACUAUAAGAUUAUUAAAGCGGUCAAUGAGAACUUGGCUAAGCCAGCUAAGAUCUAUCUGGUGAACGGUAAAAUCGAGGGCGUGUCUGAUGUGUGGGAUCUUCUGAAGGAAGACGAGUCCAUAGCGCCAGCUGCCUACGUGCCUUGCCCCACGCUGAAUGGCGAUCACACGGCCUUCAUUGUCUGCUCCUCGGGCACGACAGGCAUGCCGAAGGGCGUGACUCGCUCGCAUCGCAGUCUCAUUUGCAACUGCAAGAACCCCAAUACCUACACCCGAGACACAGUCGUACUCUCGUUCAGCCCGCUCUACUGGAUCUCCGGCACCUACAUGCUGCUGGCCAAUCUACUCAACGGCUGCAAGCGCAUCAUCACACAUCGCCCAUACACUGUGGAGUACCUGCUGGAGAUUGUGCAAAGGCAUCAGGUGACCUUCCUCUUCCUCGCCUCCCAUCAGAUAGCGCUGCUCUCCAAGUGCCAGAUUGACGUGUCCAAGAUCCGAGCGAAAUUGGAGUCCGUUAAGGUAUUGAUUGGGGCUGGCUCCAAGGUGUGCAAGGCCGUCUCCCAGCGCAUGUACGACCUGAUUGGCAACAUGCGCUUCGUGGUGGGCUACGGUCUCUCCGAGAUGGGCGGCAUCAGCAAAAACCUAGGCGGUCCUCUGGGCAGCGAGGGCAAGGUCAUGCGCAACGUCGAGCUGCGCGUGCUGGACAAGCUGCGCAUGCCGCUCGGCAUCAAUGAAGUGGGCAUCAUCUACGGCCACUUGCGCUACAAAUGGGCGGGCUACUACCGCAACCCGGAGGCCACCAAGCGCGCGCUCAGUCCCGAUGGCCAGUGGCUGAGAACGGGAGACAUUGGCUAUCUGGAUAGCGAGGGCUAUCUCUACAUACUGACGCGCGACACCGAUGUCUUCAAGUACAACAACUUUCAGAUCUAUCCGGAGCAGAUCGAAGAGUUCAUUCUGCGCCUGCCCGGCGUGAGCGAGGCCUGCGUCUUCGGCGUGCCCGACGAGGUCUCCACCAAUCUGACAGCCUGCGCCGUGGUGCGCACCGACGACGAGGAGGGCAGGAAACUGACAGCGGAUCAAGUGCGAAAUAUUGUUGAGCGAUACCUAAGCUCGGCCUAUCACAUACGCGGCGGCAUUUUCUUUGUCGAUUCACUGCCCAAGACAUCCAAUGACAAGCUGCAGCGUCGCAAGGUGCCCCAAAUGAUCAAGAACUUGGGCAUCGUUGCGGAAUAGCAUUAUGUACUAGAUAUAUGAUAUAUGAUAUGAAUAUAUAUUUAGAUUAGGUAAGGAG